CUGAGCAGGGAGUAUAAAAGGGGCAUCCUUCCCACUCAGCGCAGAAGUACUCUCACUCUCACACACUCCUAUAACGCGCUGAAGAUCUUUUCUCAAGAUGAAUGCUGGGCUGUGUGUGUGUGUCGUGCUGGCAGUCCUGUGUGCGAGCUGUUUGGGGCUCCCCUUCUCCUCCCAGCCAUUAGACGAGGGCCAGCGCCCCAUCUCCGCUCUCUCUGAAGCUCUCCUUGAGGCUGACACCCACACCUUGGGAGAUCUCCACCUCCGACACAGGCGCUCUGCCCCCCAGCUGAAAGCUCUUCCUCUGGCUGAGGAGGAUGCAGACUCCCGGGCCAAUCUCAGUGAGCUGCUCGCUAGACUCAUCUCCUCCAGGAAAGGUUCUGUGCGCAGAAACUCCACGGCAAACAGCAAAGGCGUCGGACCGAGUGCCAACCACCGGAUAGCAGACAGGGACUACUUAGGCUGGAUGGAUUUCGGCCGCCGCAGUGCAGAGGAGUACGAGUACUCCUCAUAAGGGGAAGUCAUGGCUCACACCACCACCACCAUAUGGGCACAAGAUAAAAAGAAGAAAAAAAAACCCUGCGCAAGCUGUCUCACAAUAAGAGUCUAUUUAUGAUGUAUUUGUUGUACAUUUGUUUGUAAAACUGUAAUAAUGCAAUAUACAUACAGUAUGCCAAAUUUUGCAGAAAAGCUCUCACUGUCCAACUUUGUUCGUUUUUUGGAUUUCUCUGGUUUCUUUAUCAUUCAAAGUGGAAAGGAGUCGGAUGGUGUCAGGGCUUGUGGAAAGUAACCAAAUAAAGAUUUAAACUAUC